GUGUCAAUGAUUCGUCGCUGAAACUGAAAACUAGGUGUUUGUUGCACCGUCUGCAUUGCGCCUGCCUGAACUGAAUGCAUUUAUAAAAAAAGCUAACCCAAACCCAUCCCAUUUCAGACUGCGCCCCUUCGUCAACAUGACGUCCGUCGUAGAUGAAAGGGUAUCUAAUGAAGUGGAAGCUCUGGAAGUUAUUUUAAUGGACGAUGUAAUAAUUGAACGAGAAGGCAAUAAGCCUACUAUAAUCGAAACAGUCGUUCAUCCAUUAACUGGAGAUGAUACAGAUCAGCAAUAUGUAUGUGUUACUUUAAAAGUUAAAUUUACUCCAGAUUAUCCAGACAGUAGUCCUGAAGUGACCUUAAGGAAUCCCAGUGGCUUGGACGACCAGCGGCUGUCCAUGAUUAAUUCAAAAAUUAAGGAAAAAUUGGCAGAAUGUCUAGGGCAGCCUGUAGUUUUUGAACUUAUGGAGCUUGUAGGCGAGAACUUAACGGAAAGAAAUCUUCCGAGUGGCCAGUGCCUGUUUUGCCUGUACGAUUUUGUCGAGGGUGAUAAAUUCACCAAGACCCAAUGUUACCACUAUUUUCACAGCCAUUGCCUUGGGAGCCAUCUUAUCGUUGAGAAGAAAUAUUAUCAAGAAUAUUUAGAUAAACUUCCCAACUGGCAGCAGAUGCAAGCCCCGCCAUAUCAGCCAACAUGCCCAGUGUGUCGCAGUGAGGUAUCCUGCAAUGUAGAUGCUCUUAGGGAAGCUCCACCGCCGAUCGAAUCUAAAAAUGCAGAACCAUUUCCUCUGACUCCUGAAAGGAAGGUUCAGAAACAGCAGUAUGUCGAAAGGUUUUGCCUCUAAUACACGAAGUCAGAACGCUAGUAGCACAAUGGAGUCCAACUUAAGCCGCGACGCCACGAAAAUCAGCCUUAAUCCACAAGACGAAUACAAAUGAAAAAGCAAACCAUCGUAAAGAAGCUAAAAUCACUACAGAUGCUAAUAAAAUGUGACGAUUUAAAUUUAGACUUACACUAUUUUAUAGAUAUGAAAAAAUAUCGGAAAUAUCACCAAAGUAGAAAUACUUAUUAUAGGAAUGGAAACAAUCAGUGAUGUUACUGUAGCAGAAAGAAGCUAUUCAGAACAAUUUAAUAUGAACUUUUAAAUUUUUUCAAUUUCUUUUUGAUACUAAACGAAUAAAUAAAUUACAAAACACAUAUUAAUUUAUCUAAAUCAAUAUCAGAUUCACUUGAAAUAUUACUAUUACAAUCGUUAUCACUUACUUGAAUAGUGGUCAGUUGCUGUCUCCAUUUCACAAUUAAAGUCAUAAACUAAGCGUGACGUUUGAUAGAUUAAGAAAGCCUUAUGUUUAAUCAUUUCUACAAACUUUCACAAGGUAUAGAAGCAGAAGCUAUUUUAAAAAGAAAAUUUCUCAUACACUAGAGUUAACCUUGAGUUAUAUUUUUUUUUCUUUACACGAAUUACACGUUGAAUAAAACCAAUUUUGCGGAUUUUAAAAAUAAAAAAAAUAUAUUUGGACUAUCAUGAAUCAUAUAAUACAUUUUAUAGCGUUUAAUUGAAUUAUUGUAAUUUAAGAAAAGUGUAGUGGCGGUGUAGACUGUGUAGUAGCGGUGUAGACUGUGUAGUGGCGGUGUAGACUGUGUAGUAGCGGUACUGUGUAGUAGCGGUGUAGACUGUGUAGUAGCGGUGUAGACUGUGUAGUAGCGAUGUAGACUCUGUAGUAGCGGUGUAGACUGUGUAGUGGCGAUGUAGACUAUGUAGUGGCGGUGUCAUUAUCCGUAACUACAAUUGCGAACUCGCCUGGCAAGCCUAACAAUUAUGACAAAUGUCUCCCCUAUGACACGUUUUUGGGAGAGGCCUAUGUUCAAAUGUUUAAAAGUUAGUAAGGUGGAAAGUAAGAAGUAGUAGUAAAGUGCACUGUAGGGCGAACCAUAACUAAAAAGAGUGACAUCCUGAUAAAACACACAGUGAGUCGAUGGAGGAGGGCCUAUGUUCAACAAUGGACUAAAUGAUGAUAAUGAUGAAGUAAUUUAACAUUAAUUAAUUUGUAGAUUUCAUUCAAUAAUCGUAUUUGUACCAAAGAAAAUAAGUGUGCUUAUGUAUGUAAUAUUCGCUAGUAUGUUUUAAAAUAUAUUAUUAAAAUUUAGUUUAGAAAAUAAUUAAUAGUAAUUUCCACUUUUAUUUUAAGUGCCUUGCGCAUAUAGUGACUAAUUUUAGUUAUAAUAAUUUUAAUAGUGAUUGUAACUUUAUUAAAUUAAGAUACAAAAUACGCUGUUUUACAAUUUUUUACGGUAUGUACAUAAUUACACACAAUAAAUAUUUUCACACAAUUAAACACAAUGAAUAUUUUCAGGUAAAUGAAAAUAUCAUUGGACGUAAUAAAAUCUGUAAAAUUUUAAGAAAUUACUCUAACCAAUCCCUACCUUUUUUCCUUGCCUCAUGUGUAUUUUAAUUCAAUUUAUUUAAUAAUAAUAUUUAUUAGUGACGCUAUUUAAUAAAAAAAACCUAAUCUUAUAGUUAAAAUUUAUUAUAAGAACCAGGUUGAAACAAAAAGGAAUAAAUAUAUUAAUUUUCUUUAGC